AUAUUUCUUUGUCCAAAUUUGACCUUAUCCCACACGCACCACAUGUCGCACGUGCCGCCAAUGUUUAAGAUGAAAUUCACGACUGCCCACCCGUCGCCGGCGGCUUUCUGUCUUUCUCUCUUCAACAAUGUCCACCGCCACCGGUUUCCUCCGCCUCUCUUUCUCACCUCACUGCUCGUCUCUCCGGAGCCGCCAUGACUUUUCUCCUCUGCAGUACAAGCGACGCCGGCCUCUUCCGCGGCAUUUGCACCGCUUCCACACCUCUAUACGCAUCUCGGCCAAAGCUGUCGAGUUUAAAUCAGCUGGAAAUCUCCAGCUGCAAGGGAGGGAAGCUGAGGAGAGCUUUAAUUCCACCGUAUUGCUCGACGUAUCUGGAAUGAUGUGCGGUGCGUGUGUCUCACGCGUCAAGUCGAUUCUCUCCGCCGACGACCGCGUUGACUCCGUCGUCGUUAACAUGUUGACUGAAACCGCCGCGAUCAAGAUUAAGGAAGGACUUGGAGAAGACUUCUCCGGCGUGGCGGAUGAGUUGGCGAGCCGUGUCUCCGCCGGUGGGUUUGAGGCGCGGCGGAGGGCGUCGGGGAUGGGCGUGGAGGCGAAGAUACGGAAAUGGAGAGAGACGGUGGAAAAGAAGGAGGCGCUGCUCGCAAAGAGUCGAAACCGCGUGGCCUUUGCCUGGACAUUGGUUGCGCUCUGCUGUGGCGCUCACGCUUCUCAUAUUCUGCAUUCCGUCGGCAUUCAUACUGGUCAUGGAUCAGUUUUGGAUCUCCUUCAUAAUUCGUAUGUGAAAGGAGGGUUGGCUUUGGGCUCUCUCUUGGGACCUGGACGAGACUUGCUCUUUGAUGGUUUGAGGGCAUUUAGGAAAGGCUCUCCCAAUAUGAAUUCUCUUGUUGGCUUUGGAUCUAUUGCUGCAUUUGCAAUUAGCGCAGUGUCGGUCCUCAACCCGGAACUUCAUUGGAGUGCUUCAUUUUUUGAUGAACCGGUCAUGCUUCUUGGAUUUAUUUUACUUGGUCGUUCACUUGAAGAAAGAGCUAGAGUCAAGGCAUCUAGUGACAUGAAUGAGCUACUGUCACUUAUAUCCACUAGAUCAAGACUUGUGAUUGCUCCCUCUGGAGUUGAUGUCUUGGAAGAUAAUGUUAUUUGCCCUGAUGCAAUGUGCAUCGAAGUUCCCACUGAUGAGAUUCGAGUUGGUGAUGCAAUCAUGGUAUUGCCUGGAGAAACAAUUCCCGUAGAUGGGAAAGUUCUUGCGGGUCGAAGUGUUGUGGAUGAGUCGAUGCUUACUGGUGAAUCUCUUCCUGUGUUCAAGGAAAAGGACCUUUCUGUUUCAGCAGGCACAAUUAAUUGGGAUGGUCCUUUAAGGAUAGAGGCUUCUUCUACUGGUUCAAAUUCGACAAUAUCCAAGAUUGUUAGCAUGGUUGAGGAUGCUCAAGGGCGUGAAGCACCUAUUCAGAGACUUGCUGAUUCAAUUGCUAGUCCAUUUGUAUUCAGUGUCAUGACAUUAUCAGCUGCGACAUUUGCCUUUUGGUACUAUAUUGGAACUCAUAUCUUUCCAGAUGUGCUAUUUAAUGAUAUUGCUGGACCGGAUGGAAAUCCACUGUUGUUGAGUAUGAAACUUGCUGUGGAUGUUUUGGUUGUGUCCUGUCCGUGCGCUUUAGGUCUUGCAACACCAACUGCAAUACUAGUUGGCACCUCCCUAGGAGCUAAACAAGGACUUCUUAUAAGAGGUGGAGAUGUAUUGGAACGCUUGGCUGAGAUAGAUUACGUAACUUUGGAUAAAACAGGAACACUCACUGAAGGAAGACCUGCUGUAUCAGCUGUUGUGGCAUUUGGUCAUGGGGAAUCUGAAAUACUUCAGAUUGCUGCUGCAGUGGAAAAAACGGCAUCGCAUCCACUUGCAAAGGCUAUUGUAGCUAAAGCUGAGUCAUUGAAUUUGAAUAUUCCUAGUACAAGAGGACAAUUAGCUGAACCAGGUUCUGGGACAUUAGCUGAAGUAGAUGGGCUUUUAGUGGCUGUUGGUAAAUUAAGUUGGGUUCGUGAUCGGUUUCAGCAGAGAACCAGUGUUUCUGAUCUAAAGAGGCUUGAAGAGUCUGUCAUACAUCUAUCAUCAGUAAAUUAUUCAUCAUCCAACCAUUCCAGAACAAUUGUUUACGUUGGUAGGGAAGGAGAAGGCAUUAUUGGUGCUAUUGCAAUAUCGGACAACUUGCGACAUGAUGCACAAUCUACCAUUUCGAGGCUUCAGCAGAAGGCAAUUCGAACGGUCGUGUUAUCAGGGGACAGGGAAGAGGCAGUUGCAGCUGUUGGAAAACUAGUAGGCAUAGAAAAUGAAUUUGUCUAUGGCUCAUUAACUCCACAGCAGAAAUCUGGUGUUAUUUCAAGCCUUCAAGCAUCCGGCCAUCAUGUCGCUAUGGUUGGAGAUGGUAUCAACGAUGCACCCUCACUUGCACUCGCCGAUGUUGGGAUUGCCUUGCAAAUUGAUGGUCAAGAAAAUGCUGCAUCAAAUGCAGCAUCAAUUAUACUGCUGGGAAAUAGACUGUCACAGGUUGUGGAAGCAAUUGACCUUGCAAGAGCAACAAUGGCAAAAGUUCGCCAGAAUUUGACCUGGGCAGUUGCCUAUAACGUCGUCGCAAUUCCUAUGGCAGCUGGAAUACUACUUCCCCAUUUUGACUUUGCUAUGACACCUUCACUUUCAGGGGGAAUGAUGGCCUUGAGUUCAAUCUUUGUUGUCACAAAUUCACUGCUUUUGCAGCUCCAUGGCCAUCAAAGGAAGAAGGCAAAGAUUGAAGCCAUGAAUCAUCCUCAAUAAUGUCGGAAAUGAAGACAUUAAUCAAAACUGGUAAGCCACUCCUGACUCCUUUGUAAUUCCCCUUUACAGUUCCUCCUUGUGUUAAAAUCUUGCUUGAUGUAAUGUGGUAUUAAAUAAAAACUUAAUUAUAUAAUAUAAUAUAAUAUAAUAUAAUAUAAUAUUUUUAAAAAUAAAAAUAAAAAUAAAAAUUAUUUUUACAAUAAUAUCCAUAGUACGUAGAUAUGAUUGAAAACAUGAAUAAAUGCAUAACAGACCCCAAUCUGUGGCAAUCUACUCAGAGGCGUCUAGUGUGUUUUCGGGUUGUUUUUUGUGGCUUGUUUUUCGUAUAGGAUUGAGCUCUAGGUAAAUAAUAAUAAUAAUAAUAAUAAUAAUAAAUACAAUACAAUAAUAUAAUAUAAAAAUAAUUAAUUUAUAUAUUAUUAAUUUUUAAUUUAUAUAUUAUAUUUGAAUUAAAAUUAAAAAUUGAGACACCAAAUUUAACUAGAAAUAUAUAAUUUUUUUAAUUACACUAAAAUUAUUAAAUAUAAUUUGUAAAAUUUUAAAAUACAAAUAAUUUUAGUAUAAUAUAAAAAAUAAAAAAUAGGUGUUUCAUUCGAAUAUUUUUGGGGGAAAAGAAUUGGUGAACAGUGAAUUUAAUCAAAUCUCCAAACAAAACACACCCUAGGUAAUAAUCCGUACAAUUUGGUUCAAUUUUCAGUGCAUUAAGUUUGUUUCGGGACAUUAUGAUUUGUUUAAUAUAGCAUCCUUUUUGUCUACAAUAUACCUAGUCAUCCAAUUUUGUGUCAAUUUGACCUGUCAUAAGUUUUAAAAAAAAUAAAUAGUUAAAAAUAAAAAAUUUAUUUUUUUAUAAAAGUGAUAUUUUUUUACUAUAAAAAAUAAAAAUAAAUUUGAAUGACAAAAAAUAAAAAAUAAUAAA